AUUGAAUUCCCUUCGAAUUGGGGAAAGUGGGUGAGUUAUUUUGGGAAGAAAAAAUUGAAAAGCCUUUUCGCCUUUUCAAUUAAUAAGUAGGAGACGUGGCGGGUAGGAAUUUCCAACUAAAAUUUCUUUACCAAUUUGCAAUACAUAUCUAUCUUACCCACACAAACAAAGUAAUAGAAUAAAAGUACAUUCUGAUCUAAAACAGUGGCUGGCGGCGAUGGAGAAAUCAGCGGCAGCGGCGGCAGCGAUUCUCUGUUUAUUGUUACUUUCUGCGGAGGCGGUGGUGACGGUUUCGGCAGAUGCUGCGGACUGCAUCGACGCCUGUUUCACUGCUUGUGUCCAGAAAGACACGAGGGUGAUGCAGCGUUGUGAGGGGAAGUGUAGAAUCAAGUGCGGUCCAGAUAACAAAGUUGAUGAAAAUAUUGCAUUGGUGAGACAGAAUAACAAAUGCGGGUAAGGUGUGAAUGUUGUGAGAAAUCUCACUUUGUUUCUUAUGUUGUAAUAAAGAAAGUAAUCUCGAGGGAAAAUAGUUUAUGUAUGUUGUAAACAAGUGCUUCUUUGUUCUUCUAGAUGUUUGUGAAAGCUAUAUGUAAAGCAUUUUCUAAAUAAGUGCUUCUUUGUGUGGCA